GCUAAUUGUUCCUUCCGCUUUUCUGUAGCUAGCUGGUGGCAGUAUAAGAGCAGGAUAGAGGAAGGGAGGCAGUCUGUCUGAAAGUUAAACCUUGUGAACGGCAGAAUAGGACUGGAUUCAUCUGACUGGUCUCCUGAAGAACGCGUACUGUGAUCAUGGCUAACUUCGGCACUGCUGGCACACUCGAAACGGAUGAUGGAUCGCAGGACUGGUCAGCAAUGAGUACAAGGCUGAGCUCCUUCCAGGCCUUUCCUCAUACUCAGUCACUUUCUGCGGAGAGGUUGGCCCGGGCAGGAUUCUAUUUCACAGGACAGUCCGACCAGGUGCGCUGCUUCAGCUGCCAGAAAACUGUGGAGAACUGGCACCAGGGAGACACCCCAGUAGAGAGACACCGUGAGGUCUCGCCUUCCUGCAAGUUCCUCAGCUGUGCUCAUAGGAGGAAUCUUAUAGAUGAUCACUACUCUGAGAGCAGCAGCUCCAACUACGACGAAGACGCAGAAGCCAUGGAGUUCAGACUCCGCACAGGAGAGAUUGUGGAUGAGUCCCCAUACCCAAAAGUGCCCCACAUGAAGAGUGAAGAAGCCCGGCUGAUGACCUUCAGCAACUGGCCCUCCUCUUCCCCAGUCCAGCCCAGCGACUUGGUGCAGGCUGGACUGUUUCAUGUGGCUGAUACAACCCUUAAUGACCUGGUGCAGUGCUUCUGCUGUGGAGGCAUGCUGUCAGGCUGGGAAGAUGGUGAUGAUCCCUGGAGUGAACAUUCCAAGUUCUACCGAAACUGCUUCUUCAUCUUGGGGCACGAUGUGGGGAACAUCCCAUCAGAGAUGCUCAGGCUGGGGAGCAGUAGUCACCGAAGUCCAUUGGAAACUUUUGAGGGACGUCUUGAUAGUUUUAGAGACAGACUACAUCCUAUCAGCCAUGAAAGGCUGGCUAGAGCUGGCUUUUAUAGUACAGGAGAGAGAGACCGUGUGAUCUGCUUUAAAUGUGGAGGUGGUGUAAAGGAAUGGCAGCCAAAUGAAGAUCCUUGGGAGGAGCAUGCCAAGCACUAUCCAGGGUGCAGCUUCCUGCUUGCAGAGAAAGGACAAGAGUUUGUCAACAGUGUGCAGCUGAGGAACCCCAGAGGCCGCAAUCCAAAUGCAAGUACUGAGAAUGGAUUCUCCAGGCAUGAAAGAGCGUCCAAUGUCAUGCAGUCAGAGAUUGCUCAGAAAGCUGUCGAAAUGGGUUUUGACCCAAUAAAAGUGGAACGUACCAUUUUAGAAAAGAUUCGUCAGACCAGUGAAGGCUACUCCACAGUGGAAACUCUCAUUCAGGACAUCACCAACAAUGUAUAUGAUGGUGACUCUGACAUGUUGCAAGAAGCUGAGAAUGAGGACCCUUUGAAGACGCUGGAGAAGCUCCAACGUGAAAAGCUCUGCAAAGUUUGCAUGGAUAGUGACAUUUCCAUCGUCUUUAUCCCUUGUGGACACUUGGUUACCUGCAAGAGAUGCUCCGAUUCUGUUGAAAAGUGCCCUAUCUGUUGUUCCGUCAUUACUCAGAAAAUCAAAACCUAUAGCUCCUAAAUCCAGGACUCCUACCUGGAAUUAAAUUCACACUAUCAGAAAAGCUGCUAUUGCAAUCAAUCAAUAAUAAGCAUUCCUUAAAACUGUAUAUAUGGAUAUAUUUGCAUAAAUAGUUGUAAAAAUAUAAAUACAGAGUUCUAUGGUUUUGUAUCUUUUACGCUAUUAUGGUGAGUUAAAGUUGUUUGCAAUUAAAUAUGGCAAAGAUGCACUACAAAACUAAAUUAUGCUGAAAGGGAAGAAGUAAAAGAGUAAUAACAAUAUUAAUAAUAUU